GGGAGAAAGCCAGUGGAGUCGUGGAGGAGAUGGCCGGCUGCCUAAAAGCUUCCUGGAAGCCAAGACUCCAGAGUGCGGUCCUCGGAGCUGCUCAGCUUAUCUGGUUCAUUGCUUUGAUCUCUGAGUUUGUAAAUCAGAAGGAAGUGGCAGCGUGGACCUAUAACUACAGCAUAAAGGCAUACCCGUGGAAUUACUCUCGGGCAUUCUGCCAGAGGCACUUCACAGACUUAGUGGCCAUCCAGAACAAGAAUGAAAUCGCGCACCUCAAUGAUGUCAUCCCGUACUUCAACUCUUACUACUGGAUUGGGAUCCGAAAGAUCAAUAAUAAGUGGACCUGGGUGGGAACCAAUAAGACGCUCACAAAGGAGGCUGAGAACUGGGCUGACAAUGAGCCCAAUAACAAGAGGAACAACCAGGACUGCGUGGAGAUCUACAUCAAGAGUAACUCGGCCCCCGGCAAGUGGAACGAUGAGCCCUGCUCCAAACGCAAGCGGGCCCUGUGCUACACAGCCUCCUGCCAGGACAUGUCCUGCAACAAGCAAGGGGAGUGUAUUGAGACCAUCGGGAACUACACCUGCUCCUGCUACCCCGGCUUCUAUGGGCCAGAGUGCGAAUACGUCCAAGAGUGUGGGAAGUUUGACCUUCCUCAACAUGCGCUUGUGAACUGCAGCCACCCUCAGGGAGACUUUGCUUUCAGCUCACAGUGUGAUUUCCGCUGUGUGGAAGGGUACGAACUGGAUGGAGCCAGAAAGCUGGAAUGUUUGGCUUCUGGAAUCUGGACAAAUAAACCCCCGCAGUGUAAAGCUGUACAGUGCCAGAGCCUGGAAAGCCCUGUCCAUGGAGACAUGGACUGCAUGCACCCACUUGCUGCUUUUGCCUACGGCUCCCGCUGUAAAUUUGAGUGCCAUCCUGGAUAUCAAGUGAAGGGUUCAGACACACUCCAUUGCACUGGGUCUGGUCAGUGGACUGGACCAUCGCCAACCUGUGAAGCCAUAGCGUGCGAACCUCCGGAGAGCCCCGUCCACGGAAGCAUGGAUUGCUCCCCAUCUGCAGGGGCAUCUGCGUACAACAGCAGCUGUACUUUCACUUGUGCAGAGGGCUUUGAGCUGAGGGGAAGUGAUGUCAUCCGCUGUGCUGACAAGGGACAAUGGACAGCCCCGGCUCCAGUCUGUGAAGCGUUGCAGUGUCGGGAAUUUUCAAUUCCGAGAAAAGCUCAGGUGACCUGCUCAGACCCCUUUGGUUCCCUGAAGUACCAGUCAGUCUGCAGCUUUUCCUGUGAUGAAGGCUCGCUCUUGGUGGGAGCAAGUGCAAUCAGAUGCUUGGCUACUGGACAGUGGAGUGGGGUUCCUCCAGAAUGCCAAGAUGUCACCUGUCCACCUUUGCUCGGCCCUCCCAAUGGAACCAUGACCUGUAUCCAGCCUCUUGGAGGUUCCACUUACAAAUCCAUGUGCCAGUUCAUCUGUGAUGAAGGAUUUUAUCUUUCUGGACCAGAAAGAUUGGAUUGUUCUCCAUCUGGACACUGGACAGGCACACCGCCCACGUGUGAAGCCAUCAAGUGUCCAGGAAUCUUCGCCCCCGUUCAAGGCAGUCUGGAUUGUUCUCAUGAUCACGGAGAGUUCAGUGUUGGCUCCGCCUGCCGCUUCUCCUGUAACAAGGGCUUUGAGCUAGUGGGAUCAGCCAGUGUGGAAUGCACAGUUUCUGGAAGAUGGUCCUCACCUCCACCAACCUGCACGGGUGUAACAUCACUUCCUAACCCAGAGGUGCGCUGUCCUGCUCUCACCACUCCUGGACAGGGGACAAUGUCCUGCAGCCACCAUCUGGGAACCUUUGCUCCUAACACCACUUGUUACUUUGGGUGCAAAACUGGAUUUACACUCAGAGGAGCCAGCUCGCUCCGAUGCAGGACUUCAGGACAAUGGACAGCAGUGACUCCAGCGUGCAGAGCCGUGAAGUGCUCAGAACUGCACAUGGACACAACAGUAGUGGCGAAUUGUUCCAACCCCUGGGGAACCUUUAGCUAUGGAUCAACCUGCACCUUCCACUGUCCAGAGGGGCAGUUACUGAAUGGCUCUGCCAAGGCAAUAUGCCGAGAGAAUGGUCACUGGUCAGCUGCCAUGCCAACAUGCCAAGCAGGACCACUGACCAUCCAGGAGGCACUGACUUACGUGGGUGGGGCAGUGGCAUCUACAACGGGUCUGGCAGUGGGCGGGACACUCCUGGCUCUGCUCAGAAAGCGUCUCAGGAAAAAAGAUGAUGGAAAAUGCCCCCUGAACCCUCACAGCCACCUAGGAACAUAUGGAGUCUUCACUAACGCUGCGUUUGACCCAACCCCUUGAGAGAUCUGGUCUCCUGUCUCCUCUUACUGUCUCUCAGGAUUCUGCCUGCAGAUGCCAAGCUCCCUGACUUUAACUCCACUGCAUUGGCUGUGGUUUUCUGUAAAUAACCAGCCGGGAACCAAGCAAAAGAACUAUACACAUUCCCACCCCUCCACCCACCCCUUCCUGCUCCGCCUCUCAUCUUCCUCUAGCACGGCCAUAGAAACAGGAGCAAACGCUUCUGCUGUGGUCUGUGACUUUGACCUUGCUCUUACUGAAGAUGGGAGCUAGUCCAAGGCACUGGGGCAUCUGACUCACCAGGAGACCAGACUGGAGAAUUGAGGAUCUGCUUUCUCUUGGGACUCCGAGAUGCUGGAGAGCAGGAAAUUCUCUAACUGAAGGGAGAGCCUGCUCUGAGGUCUCCUGGGUCUUCCGUGCUUCCUACCUAUGAGGUUGUUUAUACCUCUGCUGCUGACACUUUCCAGAAACUUCCACAUGGUACCAGAGGCCACAGAAGACCAAGAACAGAGCCAGGAUUCCACAUCCGAAUGCAGACAUUCACUCCACCAAAGCACCCAGAGGCCAUUGUUCAAAUAUGUAAUCAGACUCCCCCAAAUGCCAGGCUCCUCUUGUUUUGUUCAAUAAGGGUCUAUGUAUCUCACAUUGUCUACCACCAAUAUGGUGACAGUUACAGUUGUCCAAAUAACAGCUAAACCCUCCAGUGAGCCAGCAAAUAUAUGUCAUCUGUCCCCUUUCCACAGAGAAAAAGUCAGAGGAACACAAAGGGUCUUCAUUGUAUUACUGUUCUGCAGGAAAGAACAGAUGUUUUGUAUG